AUGGGGGACUCGCCUUCCGUCAACGAUCUCCAUGAAGCAAUACCGCUGACCGUAUCUUACGACUCACACUACAGUAAAUUCACUUUUGACGCUGGACCCGUAAGAGUCGAGGCGCGAUUCUUUUCUCGUAUCCUGCCGCAAGAUCUUUGUAAGAGUAGUGUUCCGCUCAGCUAUCUGGAAGUUGCGUACAUCACCACCGAUGGAACUUCACAUGAUGUACAACUUUAUUCAGGUGUGGAUAACAGUUGGCUAGCGGGUGGCAAUUCAACGAUGCGAUGGAGUAUGGACUAUCCCGGCGAGUCUUUCGAUGAUCACAAAUGCCCAACCAAGGCCACGGGAACUCCCGAAACAUUAUACCAUUGGGAAGCAGAGAUCCUGGAUCAGGUUUCAUGGUUUGAACGUGGUCUUAGAAAUGAACCAUACUGGGGCAAGCUACACUACAUUUCUUCUCCUCGUCAUGCCACAGAAUUUAGUUUCGCCAAUGGAUUAGCAACCACUACACGGAAGCAGUUCGUUCGCGAUGGCGUACUGGAUCGUGCCUUUGAUCAGGAUCAGCCUCGACGGCCAGACGACAGGGUGCCUGUGUUCGCUUAUUCCUAUGCCUUCAUGACCAGCCAGUCAGGAUCGGUGUUAUACACUAUUGGUACGAACCAAGAGCCUGCUGUGCACUACCGUACCGCCAUCGAGGAUGUCGAGCUUCAGCCAUGUAAACACUACAAAGGCUACACCGCUUCUGCGAAAGAGGCCAAAGUUUGGACCAUGCAACUUCGCCAUGACGCCGCUACCUACUACGCUAAGGACAGAGCGAAAGAUGACAGUACAGAAAAAGAAAUUUCAGACGGAAAGGUGAACACAGUUGAUGUGAUCCAUCCUGCAUUGUCCUUUUGGCUUUACGCAAACCCUGAGCUUCUUCGCUUGCUGCUCAAGCCCAUCUUCGAGUUCCAGGAGUCUGGACUUUACUAUGAGCGAUAUGCCAUGCAUGAUAUUGGUCGCUUUUACCCAGAUGCUAUAGGCUAUUUCAGCUCAAGCAUACCGGGCGAAUGGGGUGAAGAAGCCAUGCCUGUUGGAGAGAGCGCCAACAUGAUAAUCAGGGCUUAUUCGUACUUCAUGGCUACUAACAGCACUGAGUAUCUGGCAACGCACUUUGAUAUACUCAAGCGAUGGACAGUUUACACCCAUAUUGACGAGACCAAAGAUGAUUUUAACGAUCCCAUCGCCGAUAAUACUAACCUCGCGAUUACGAUUGUUUCAGCAACC